CUUGAUUUGUCAUUGCCCCGUCUCAGGGCGUCAUGUUGUCAUCCGUCAAGGCCAUCACUAAUCAAUGCUACGUGGAAUUUUCUACGAGUUGAUGACUCGUAUAAAAUUUCCCCGUUUGAGAAUUUGAUUGGUAUGGUCGUUUGUUAAAUAUGUAGGUCGAAGGCAUAACAUCCUGGGUGGCUCAAUCCAUGAUCAGAGAUAUCUUCGUGUUUGUCGUGAAUUUAAUUUUCGAAUCGUCCUCAUCGCUACUUCGAAUACCUACCCACAUACUUUAGUAUUGAAAGCUGAAGAUAGAUAUCACCUGGUAAACAAAUAGAAUCAGUUCGAAAUGGGGGGGCAAGUCAAUUCAGAACAGUGGCACCCAGGCGAGCGUGCUAUGCACCAGCUUCUGCACGUCACGCAGCACGGGAACCCAACACACCACAGCUUACCGCCACAACAUGGAUACCGCGUCGCGGAGUCUCCGCUUGUCGCCUUCGGAGCGCUGGAUCGGUACGGCAGGCCGUGGGCUACGGUUUGGGGCGGGGAGAAGGGGUUCUGUAGGCCUAUCGCGAAGAGCGUAUUAGGCGUGGGCGCUAGCGUGGAUGUCAAGUUUGAUCCUGUGCUCAGAGGGCUGCUCGAGGUUUCUGUGGAAGGUAGCGAGGGGGCUAUAGAUGUAAGCGACAGUGAAAAAGACGGGGACGAACGGGUGAUGUGGAUGGAAGAAGACGUGAAGGAAGUUGUUGAUAACCUGGUCGUUAAACCUGAAGAUAGGACGAUCAUGGCAGGCCUAUCGAUUGACCUUGAGACGCGCGACCGCGUUAAACUUGCCGGCCGCAUGGUCGUUGGCUCGGUGAGUAGGACGUCGCCCGGCGUCGCGGACUUGCAGAUGGUGUUCCAAGUCGAGGAGGCUCUGGGGAAUUGUCCGAAAUACCUGAAUAAAAAGGUCAUCGUUCCACACACACCCAAGCCUAUGCUUAUGAGCGAGGGGAGGGGUAUCCCGUUGCCGAGGGACGCCAUCGACGUCAUUCAAAAAGCGGAUAUGUUCUUCAUCGCUAGUAAGAACGGCUCCGACAGCAUGGACGUGAACCAUCGCGGCGGCGCCCCGGGGUUCGUCCGCGUCCUCAGAAACGAGAAAGAGGGAGGCGAAGGCGGCGGUCUGAGUAUCGUGUACCCCGAGUACUCCGGCAACAGGUUGUACCAGACCCUAGGUAACCUGCAACAAGACCCGUACGCCGGGCUCGUGUUCCCGGGCUUUGACACGGGCGAUGUGGUCUACGUUACAGGCCGAACAACCAUACUAGUCGGCGAAAAGGCAACAGACAUCAUGCCCCGCGCGAAACUCGCCAUCAAGAUCGACGUCACGGAAGCGCGGUUCGUAAAGGAAGGGCUAUCGUUUAGGGGCGUGCUCGGCGAGCGGUCCCCGUAUAACCCGGCGAUACGCAAGCUCGCUGUCGAACAACAACACGACGUCGGCGUGGACAUAGACACCGGCAUCGGCAUCGCGACGCUAGCCCGCAAAGAAAUCAUAACCCCCUCGAUCUCACGAUACAUCCUCCGCCUCACACCCAACAAAGACACGCGCCUAAGGGCCUGGCGGCCAGGCCACCACGUCACGCUCGACUUCGCGGGGGAGCUGGAUCGCGGGUAUUCGCACAUGCGCGACGACGACCCGCAGAGCCUGAACGACGACUUCGUGCGCACGUUUACUGUUAGUAGACCUCUCGACCUGCGGGACGUCGAUGUCGAGGGGUUUAUUAGAUGUGGGGCGAGCCCGGAGGUCGAGAUCACGGUGAGGCGGCAUGGGCCCGUGACGGCGUUUUUGGAGCGGUGGGAUGGGAGGAGGAGGGUUGAGGUGCCGGUUUUGGGGUUUGGGGGCGCGGAGGGGUUUGUGAUGGCUGGGGAUAAGGAUAAGGAUGCAGAGGGGGAGGUGAAGGUGGUUGUGGCGGCUGGGGUGGGCGUUACGCCGCUUUUGGCGCAGGCGGAGGGGGCGUUGCGGGAGGUUGGGAGGCUUAGGGCGCUGUGGAGUUUGAGGGCGGAGGAUUUGCCUCUUGCUGUGGAUGUGCUUGGGAGGAUUGAGGGGUUGGGUGAGGUUAUGAAGGUUUUUGUUACGGGUGGGAUAGGUGAUGAGGAGAGAGGUUUGGUGGAUGUGGUUCAGGGGUUUGGUGCGCGGGUGUUUGAGAGGAGGAUGGAGAGGGCGGAUGUUUUGGCGGAGGGGAGGAAGGGGAAUAGGAGGUUUUACUGCUGUACCGGGCCGCAGAUGAUGAGGUUGUUGCUUAAGUGGACAGAGGGCGAGGAGGUUUUAUAUGAGAGCUUUGAGUAUUAGAGUGAUGGGUGUGGAUGGGAGUUAUGAAGUGGCUUAGUAGGUGAAUAGGGGUUGGGUAUUACGAGCGGUAUGGGAAUACGAAGUCAAUAUUGGAGAUUCUCUAAACGAAGCUUCUCGGAUACUAUAUCACUACCUAGGUUAGACUGAAACUUAAGUGUGCUUUUGUUUCACUGUAACUAUUUUAUUUCUGG